CUCGUGACGAGCUAUCAAGUGUCAAAGGUAUACGCCGUGUAGCAAGGUCACCCAUGAUGCCCCACUCAUUUCGCAAGAAGCACGCAACAGCAUGAUGACGGAUCUCAGCUGUGUCGAGGAACUCCAUGCGGUCACGCCCACGGAGAUGCUCGAGCCGGACGCCGUGCGCCGCCACCUGCGGCUGCUGCUCGCCAAGGAGGACAGCCCGCGCCCGAGCGGGUACCUCGCGACGGUGCAGACGCAAGGCAUGGUGGCGUCGUGGCGAAAGCGCAUGGCCGAAUGGAUGCUGCACACGGGCAAGGCGUUCGAGCUCAGCGCCGACACGGUCGAAUGUGCGAUUCACUUUAUGGAUGUCUACUUGGCGGCGCUCUCGGUCGACAAGAUCGUGCUGCAACUCGUGUCCAUGGUCGCCAUGUACGUCGCGUCCAAGAUGCACGAGCCGCGCCCGAUCCUAAUGGAAGAGAUGGAGCUCCUUUGCCAGCACAAGUACCCGCGCAGCGAAAUCAUUCUCAUGGAGAAGCAGCUCCUCCACGUGCUCCAGUGGCGCCUCAACCCCGCGACGCCGGUUGCGUUUCUUCGGGACCUCCUCACCUUCGAGUCGGUGCCGUCCAUUCAAGUGCAUCUGGAAGAGGCGGCCAUGGAGCUCCUCGAAGAGUGCGCGAUCGACUACGAGUACCAAGUGUUCCCGAGCUCAGUUGUCGCUGCCGCCGCCCUUGAAGUCGUGUGCGCCACCCAAUUUGGCUGCGCGAGCCCCCUCGCCGCCUAUGCGCUCGACACGCUCGGCGUCGAUGCCGAUGCUUUCAAGGACUGCGUCGCGCGCAUGAUGACGCUGUACGCGCCUGCCGACGUCGAGCCCGAGCUUGCAAGCCUCGCGUACGAGGCCAAGGACGACAGCGUCGUGGCCGACGACUGCAAGCCUCGGAGUGCGAGCCCGACGUCCAUCGACAGCCCCGGGCGCGUCGAAAAGAAGCGCCGGCGCGACGACGACGACGACAAAGAGGCGUCGCCCCGGAAGAAGCAGCGGGCGACUGCCUAGAUGUGUACAUCGUCGCUUUUUGCUUAGAGUCUAGAUCCGUUCAUGUGUCCGCGUGGCUGGCUGCGUAACCCAAGCCAAAUCCUACAAGCUUAUUUAUCUUAAACGAUCGUCGUCUUCUUCUCCA